AUGGCAUUCGAGUGGGCGUCGUGGCUUGAAAACAACCACAUCAUUGUCCACGCGGCCGAUUUACAACUGAACCCGCCCCAGAGCUACCUCUUCGUCCAGGACUUUCUCAUCAUUCUGUGCGCCCUGCUCUACUGCUUCUGCUAUGUGUUUUACACGCUCCGCACCAAACGCGACCGGUUCCUCGCCGGGCCCGUCGACCUGCUGUUCGGCAACCUGGCCUACGAGCUGUACUAUCCAUUCGUCAUGGCGCGCGGCAAGCUGGAGCUCGUCGGAUGCCUCGUCUGGCUCCUGCUGGAUGUGAGGUUCGUAUACACGGCCAUCAAAUAUACCUGCCCGCCUGGGACGCGCAUCAAAGUGACAUUGCGCUGUGCGCUCUCCACGCUCGCCCUGACGGCCGUCUACUACGUCUUGGGUCUGUACUUUCCCGACGACGGCGAGCAAGUCACGGCGUAUUGGACGGGGUGGCUGCUGGAGCUGGGAAUCGGAUGGUGCGAGGUGCUGUACCUGUGGAAGCACGCGCACACAAAGGGCCAGUCGCUCGAAAUUUGGGUUGUGAGAUUCUGCGGCGUCCUGUCUGCCAUGGCCGUCUUCUUUUGGCGCUAUUUGAAUGUGCCGCAGAACUGGGCGUACGUGGUGUCGUGGCCGAGCAUCAUCUUGGUGGGUUUAAACGUCGUCCCGGAGUUGAUGUAUCCGUUUUUAUAUCGUAGGGCGGAGAGAAAAAUGAGGGAGGCCGCGGUGCAGAAGGAGAAGACGUACUGA